AUGGCUGCUCGGAGCAGCUCCCCAAAGCUCAGAGAAAAAGUCUGAGGGGAAAAAAAGUCUGCUUUGAAGUGGAAAACAAACGCUCGCUUGACGUUUUUAAUUCCAAACAGGCGACGCAGGACAAAACUCGCGGAAGCCAAGCCUCGACUCUGAGGAUGUCUCGCUGGGUGCCCUCAAAGAAGGAAAAGUAUGGAGUUGCAAUCUAUAACUACGAUGCCCGGGGGAAAGAGGAGCUGUCACUGCAGAUCGGAGACACGGUGCACAUACUUGAGACAUAUGAAGCCUGGUACAGGGGAUACAGGCUGAGGAGAAAAUCAAAAAAGGGCAUAUUUCCUGCUUGCUACAUCCACCUGAAGGAUGCCACAGUUGAAGGCAGUGGGCAAAAGGAGACAGUUAUUCCCACUGAGCUGCCCCUGGUUCAGGAGGUUACAACAACGCUGCGGGAGUGGGCUACUAUAUGGAGGGACUUGUAUGUGGGGGACAAGCGCGAGAUGUUCAACUCUGUCCGUGACAUGAUCUACGACCUCAUCGAAUGGCGGUCACAGAUCCUAUCUGGCACCCUCCCGCAGGAUGAGCUUACAGAGCUCAAACAGAAGGUCACCUCCAAGAUAGACUACGGCAACAAAUACUUGGAUCUUGAUCUGGUGGUUAGAGACAAAGAUGGAAACAUUCUGGACCCAGAGCUCACCAGCACCGUCAGCCUAUUCAGAGAACAUGAGGCGGCCUCCAAACAAAUUGAGGACCGGAUCCAAGAGGAGAAGUCUCAGAAGCAGAAUAUUGAUCUCACAAGGCAAGCAAAGUUCGCCUCCACUCCGGCAUUCGCCCUCUUUGUGACUCUGAAGAAUGUGGUGUGUAAGAUUGGCGAGGAUGCAGAGGUUCUCAUGUCCCUGUAUGAUCCAGUGGAGUCAAAGUUUAUCAGUGAGAACUACCUGGUGAAAUGGUCGAGCUCUGGCCUGGUAAAAGACAUCGACCAGCUUCAUAACCUGCGGGCGGUUUUUACAGACUUGGGCAGUGAAGAUUUAAAGAGAGAGAAGAUCAGUUUUGUGUGUCAAAUUGUCAGAGUGGGACGUAUGGAGCUGCGGGAUAACAACACCAAGAAACUGACUUCAGGCCUGAGAAGACCCUUUGGAGUUGCAGUAAUGGAUGUUACAGAUAUCAUAACAGGCAAAAUGGAUGACGAGGACAAGCAGCACUUCAUCCCAUUCCAGCCGCUGGCGUUGGAUGAUGCCAUUCGCCACAAGCAGCUGAACAUCUCCCGUUUUUCACCCAGGGUGGCAGGGGAGAACGACUUCCUGCAGACGGUCAUCAACAAAGUCAUCACCGCCAAAGAAGUUAACCACAAAGGCCAAGGUCUUUGGGUGACUCUGAAGCUACUUCCAGGAGACAUCCAUCAGAUAAGGAAAGACUUCCCUCACCUGGUGGAUCGAUCGACAGCUGUGGCUCGAAAAAUGGGCUUCCCCGAGAUAAUCAUGCCAGGUGAUGUCCGAAACGACAUCUACGUGACUCUGGUUCAGGGGGAUUUUGACAAGGGGAGUAAGACGACACCCAAAAACGUUGAGGUGACCAUGUCUGUUUACGAUGAAGACGGCAAGAAACUGGAGAAUGUGAUCUUUCCUGGCGCAGGAGAUGAAGGGAUUAAUGAGUACAAGUCUGUCGUCUACUACCAAGUAAAGCAGCCGAGGUGGUUUGAAACGAUAAAGGUUGCAAUCCCCAUCGAAGAUGUAAACCGAAGCCAUCUGCGGUUCACCUUCCGCCAUCGCUCAUCGCAGGAUUCCAAAGAUAAAUCAGAGAAAAUCUUUGCCUUGUCCUUUGUUAAACUCAUGCGGUAUGAUGGGACCACUCUGAGGGAUGGAGAGCAUGAUCUCAUUGUGUAUAAGGCAGAAGCUAAGAAGCUGGAGGAUUCCUCCGUUUAUCUAAGCCUUCCUUCCACUAAGCUGGAGCUGGAGGAGAAGGGUUACGCCACCACUGGCAAAAACUUCCAGAACCUCGGGACCUGCACCAUCAGCAAGGACUCCUUCCAGAUCGCCACCCUGGUCUGCUCCACCAAACUGACACAGAACGUCGACCUGCUCGGCCUGCUGAAGUGGCGCUCCAACACCAGCCUCCUGCAGCAGAACCUCUGUCAGCUGAUGAAGGUGGACGGUGGUGAAGUCGUGAAGUUUCUGCAAGACACACUGGAUGCUCUCUUCAACAUAAUGAUGGAAAACUCUGACAGUGACACUUUUGAUACAUUGGUGUUUGAUGCCUUGGUGUUCAUAAUUGGACUUAUAGCAGACAGAAAGUUCCAGCACUUUAAUCCCGUUCUUGAAACCUACAUUCGCAAGCAUUUCAGUGCUACACUGGCUUACACAAAACUGACCAAAGUUCUGAAGAACUAUGUGGAGAAUGCUGAGAAGCUGACAGAACAGCUGCUGAUGGCUAUGAAGGCUCUGGAAUACAUCUUCAAGUUCAUUGUGCGCUCCAGAGUUCUCUUCAACCAGCUCUAUGAGAACAAAGACGAGGCCGAAUUCAUGAACUCCUUGAGGAGCCUCUUCACAUCCUUUAACGACAUGAUGAACAGUAAUUCAGAGAAUACUGGCAUGGUGAAGGGUGCUGCCUUAAAGUACAUCCCUACCAUCGUCAAUGACGUCAAGCUGGUCUUUGACCCCAAAGAACUCAGCAAGCUGUUCACAGAGUUCAUCCUGAAGGUCCCUCAGGGUCGCCUGGUGAAACAGAAGCUCGACUGUCUGAUUGACAUCGUCCACAGCGAUCUCUUUACUCAUCACGAUUGCCGUGAGAUCCUCCUACCACUGAUGACAGAACAGCUGAAGUCCCACCUGGAAAAGCAGGAGGAGCCGAAGGCUUGCUGCCAGCUGCUCAGUGACAUCAUGGAGGUGCUUUACAGGAAGGACGUGGGUCCCACCCAGUGGCAUGUUCAAGUUAUCAUGGAGAAGCUGCUGAGGACAAUAAACAGGACAGUCAUCUCCAUGGGCCGGGAUUCUCCUCACAUCGGGAGCUUUGUGGCCUGCAUGACUGCCAUCCUGAGACAGAUGGAUGUAUAUCAUUAUGGUCAUCUGAUCAACACUUUUGGCAAGAUAAGAAGUGAUGUAGUGGAUUUUCUUAUGGAAACAUUUAUCAUGUUUAAAAAUCUCAUUGGGAAAAACGUCUAUCCCUCGGACUGGAUCAUAAUGAACAUGAUGCAAAACAAGGUCUUCCUUCGGGCUAUUAGCCAGUACGCAGAUGUGUUGAGCAAAAAAUUUCUGGAUCAAGCCAACUUUGAGCUACAGCUGUGGAACAACUACUUCCACUUGGCCGUGGCCUUUCUCACUCAGGAGUCGCUGCAGCUGGAAAACUUCUCGAGCGACAAAAGAAGCAAGAUCUUCCAUAAGUACCAAGACAUGAGGCGACAGAUCGGCUUUGAAAUCAGGGACAUGUGGUACAAUCUAGGCCCCCACAAGAUAAAGUUCAUCCCUGAGAUGGUGGGUCCAGUUCUGGAGAUGACCCUUGUUCCCGAGAUUGAGCUGCGAAAGGCCACCAUCCCCAUCUUCUUUGACAUGAUGCAGUGCGAGUUUCACUUCACAUGCGGCUUCCAACGGUUUGAGAACGAGAUCAUCACCAAGCUGGAUCACGAGGUGGAAGGGGGCCGAGGAGACGAGCAGUACAAAGUUCUCUUUCAGAAAAUUUUGUUGGAGCAUUGCAGGAAGCACAAAUACCUGGCCAGGACAGGAGAAAACUUUGUUACUCUGGUGGUGCGACUCCUGGAAAGGCUGCUGGACUACAGGACCAUCAUGCAUGAUGAGAACAAGGAAAACCGCAUGAGCUGCACCGUCAAUGUGCUCAACUUUUAUAAGGAGAUAGACAGAGAGGAGAUGUAUAUCAGGUACCUGUAUAAGCUGUGCGACCUCCACAGAGAGUGCGACAACUACACAGAAGCUGCCUACACCCUGCUGCUACACGCAAAACUGCUCAAGUGGUCAGACGAGCAAUGCGCGGCCCACCUGACCCAGAGGGAAGGUUACCAGGCCACAACUCAAGGACAGCUUAAGGACCAGCUCUAUCAGGAGAUUAUUAAUUACUUUGAUAAGGGCAAGAUGUGGGAGGAGGCAAUUGUGUUGAGCAAAGAACUAGCUGAACAGUAUGAGAAUGAAAUGUUUGACUUUGAGCAGCUUAGUGCAUCCUUGCGGAAGCAAGCUCAGUUCUAUGAGAAUAUAGUGAAGGUCAUUCGGCCCAAACCGGACUACUUUGCUGUGGGCUACUACGGAAUGGGGUUCCCUUCCUUUCUGCGGAACAAAAUGUUCAUGUACCGUGGGAAGGAGUACGAGCGCAGAGAGGAUUUUGAAGCACGGCUGCUCACGCAGUUUCCCAACGCAGAAAAGAUGAAGACCACCACGCCACCCAGCGAGGACACAAAAAGCUCCCCUGGACAAUACAUUCAGUGUUUCAAAGUGAAGCCCAUUCUCAACCUUCCAGCUAAGUUUCAAAACAAGCCAGUGUCUGAACAAAUUGUCAGCUUCUACACAGUAAAUGAAGUCCAUAAAUUCCAGUAUUCCAGGCCGGUGAGGAAAGGAGAAAAGGACCCCGACAAUGAAUUUGCGAACAUGUGGCUUGAGAGGACAACAUACACGACCGCAUACAAACUUCCCGGCAUCCUGCGCUGGUUUGAAGUCAAAUCAGUUUCCACGGAGGAGAUCAGCCCUCUGGAGAAUGCCUUGGAAACGAUGCAGCUGGCCAAUGAGAAGAUCAGCAGCAUGGUGCAAAGACAUCUCAGUGAUCCCAACCUUCCCAUCAAUCCUCUCUCCAUGUUGUUGAAUGGAAUUGUGGACCCUGCUGUCAUGGGAGGUUUUGCUAACUAUGAGAAGGCCUUCUUUAAUGACAAGUACAUGCAGGAGCACCCAGAGGACCAUGAGAAGAUAGAAAAACUGAAAGACCUCAUAGCCUGGCAGAUUCCACAUCUUGCUGAAGGUGUUCGGAUUCAUGGUGAGAAGGUUACCGAGGCACUGAGGCCCUUUCACGAUCGCAUGGAGGCUUGCUUCAAGCAGCUGCGAGAGAAGGUGGAGAAACAGUACGGUGUCAGAAAUCUGCCGUCAGGUGAUGAACGUCGCGGCCCUCGUCCUCCCUCCAUGGUGCGCUCCUUCACCAUGCCCUCCUCCCAGAGGCCGCUGUCCGUCGCUUCGGUCACCUCCAUCUCCUCUGACAACUCCCCGUCCAGGCCUGGAUCUGAUGGCUUUGUCUUGGAGCCCCUUCUACCAAAGAAGCUGCAUACAAAGUCUCAGGACAAAUUGGACCGGGACGAACCAGAAAGGGACCGCAAAGAGAGGAAGAAGGAGAAGAGGAACAGCAAGCACCAAGAGACUUUUGAUAAAGAACUCAAGACAGCAGAGAUUCAACUGCAGCAACCUGAAGCUGUUAUACUCUCAGAGACGAUCAGCCCCCUGCGGCCUCAGAGACCAAAAAGUCAAGUUCUCAACCAGAUGGCUGGGGAUCGCCGUCUUUCUGUCUCACCAGGACCUCCUUCUUCCACCACUUCAAACUCCUUACCUGGACCCCCACCCAUUGCACCAAGGAAUAAAUCCACCUUUAGCCUGAAUACUGUUUCAAGUCUGGAGCUGAACGGGAUGGGCUGCACUGACAAGGGGGAGAUCCCUCCUCCCCUGCCGUUGAAAGGCAGCACAGGAGAUUACGGCAACCUGCUAGAUAAUCAAGACUUGACGAGUCCCUCGACGCCUCCUCCGCCACCACCGCAUCAAAGACACAUUCCACCUCCUCUUCCUAGCAAGACGCCCCCUCCUCCUCCUCCCAAGACCACCAGGAAACAGACCUCCAUCGAUUCAGGAAUCGUACAGUAAACAAAGACAGUGACGGAAAGACCAAACAGCACACUGACAACAAAACAAAAACAUCAACAGUGAACGUUCCCACGGAAAAAGAGAAAAGAAAAAACAAAAGGGUUGUUUUCACCCACUCAUCCCUCGCUCCCCAUCCUAGCUUGACAAGAUGAAUACCUCACCGCUGCCCGCCCCCUCCUAUCGUCCUUAAGUCUCUCCUUUAGUCUUUCUGUCUCAUGGUUGAUGCCGUCUCCAGCAGGGAGCGCGUUUCACAGAUGAAUAGUCACUGAACUUGUAGAUGCAGUCUAGAACCGCCACUUUGCGCUUUUUUUUUUUUAUCAUGACGUGAGAUUGUGCUCAGAGAAGAUAAGCUGGGACCAGCAGCUUCUCAACACUGACCCACUCAAUUAAAUGAGAGCGAAAAGUUCAUUACAGCAUUAUUUCUGUCUCUGUUAUUCAUAUCACCCUACUAUGUACAGAGGUAUGUAUAUAUUAUGUUAUUUUAUUUCAGGUCUCUUUGUAUGUGAUUUAAUCAUGACAUUUUUUUUUUUUUUUUGUAUUAACGCAUCACUAGAUUAGUGGCAUUUAUAUGAAACAAAAAAGGGCUUGUAAGUUUGGAUAGACAGAGAUUUUGGAGAACCUAUCAUGAAUCUCAUCGGUAAAAUAUCUGGAGUGCACAUCCUGCUAACUCUUAUUCCAUAUAUUCAAGCAUCAUUGUUUAGACCAUGUUCCUGAUUGCUGUAACCUUGAAUUCCAAUAACAUUGACUUUUUCCAGUUCACUACUGACAUGACUUCUGAAUAAACUUUCAAAUGUAUGUAUUUGUAAAAAAAAAAAAAGAGAGCUGUCUUCCUCAUUAUCUCUGCCUGCGCGGAGAGACGCCGAAAAUAGAUCUUUGCACUUUCUGGAAGUAAAAAAGAAGAAGUAGCAGAACAACCUGACACUCUUUCUAUGUUCUCUCACCUUAACUGAACACUGAGUGGUAAAGCUUUCUGCUUCCUUGACUGGCAGCUAUCACAGCAGUUUCUGCAUCAAACAUGCAUGAGCUCCGUUUUCAGAAACAUGUCACUCGAGUGAAAGUGGGAUUUCCACGUAGCUGAAAAAGCUUGAAUCUUAAAUUUGCUUCAUCUUGAAAAAUAAUGGAACAGUGUCUUUGCUACACCAAAGUUUUCUUUGUUAUUGUUAAUGCUUUUCAAUGCUAAAAAUUUCAUUCAAAGCUACUGUUGAAGGUCAGGUAAAAAGAGGUUUUUUUAAAAGCUUUUCUUUCAUUUUUCUGAAGAGAGUCGGGCUCUUUUUAUGCCAUGUUUUAGGUGAAUUCAUGCGUAAUUUGGGUGGACCCCUAUAGGAAAUACUGAGCUUGAUAAACAUGAAAAUACCACAUAUUUGUGCAAUGAGAAGUAGUUUAUUAAUAUUCAUAUUUUUCUGAAUUGAUGUAAUCUUUCUUCAACAAUUAUUUUACAAAGACGAGUAUAAAGAAAAUCAGAAUCCAAGUCAGGAUGAAAUGUUUAAGGCCUUUUACUAAAGACGGCGCCAGAAUCUGCUGGAGCUUCAUCAUCCUGACUGUCACGACAACACACUCUUUGAACUUUCAUCAGUCAAGUCAGACGACAUGAUGAGAACCAGCACUUCUGGAGUGUUUUGUUCCAUUUGUGGCUGGAAGCUGCUGUAAAAUUGCUCCGUUGUGCCAUCAUUUUCUGAACCAACUUUGUACAUUUGGUAAACGCAUAUAUGGGCCUUAUUUUCUGUCACAAAACCAGCUGGUGGGACCUUUUUUGAAGUACUUGCCCCAAGUUGCUCCUACUCUUCUAGUCUUGUAGUCGGCUGACACUUUUUGAGUGGGUGUCUGCCUGAGGGGAAGAAACGCUCCGAAUGUAGCAUCUGUUGUUUGAAGGUGUUUUUAUCUCCAGAAGAUGUGGCUUUUUAAAGCUCUUUUUUGUCCUAAUUAGAAACACUGAGUGACACUUUUCCCCCUCUGGUUUUCUUUUUUUCUGGAGGGAAGCUGUCAUACGAGACCACUUGUAGCUCGUAGUCUUUGUGAACGCAUAUAGUAAAAUGCCUCAUUAUUGGUAGUUGGUAGUUCACUCUGAUCAAAAUGCACAGCCAUGUGUAGUUUCCUCAUAUAAAUAAGUAAACUUUUUUAGAUGUUCCUUCACACCAAUUACCAAGAGCAAUAAAUAAACAGCAAAUCAAUUGUCUGUUUUUUGUGUAGCUGAGGAGAAAAAUGUAAUCAUUAUUCUACACUUUACUGAAUAUGAGGGACAGUUUCAUGCAUCGUAACACUAUGUAGUACAGACCUUGCUGCUUAUCCUUGUACCCAAGGAACUAUUGGAACUACAAGACACAAUCAAGGUGGUUUCGUCCAUUUUAAAAGUCCAGAAACAAAAAGAAAUAAAACCAAGUGAAGAUGUGACAUUUUUCUUAAUUAUCUGGCUGAUUGAACUGAGAACCCUGCAUUAUUCUAGUGCUAAAACACCAUUAGAUAUAAUCUGCCGACUAAUAGGGGUUGUACAUUUUCUUUGAAAAGGUGAGUUUCAUGUUUUGUUUUUUCUAUUGCAAAAUGUUCAUUUUAAAUGUACCUAGAUAAUGAUGGCUGCAAAUUAAUUUUAAUAACUGGGUUGUUUCAGAAAUGCUCUCUUGCUCUGAUACUGUCAUUUACUCAUAGUGUUGUCUCAUUUGAGAGGGUCGGAUGUAUAGAUAGAUAUCACUUUGGAAGACAUUAAGAAUGUUGAAUGCCAGUGACUUUCUGAUCUUUUGUGUUACUUAAGCUAUAAGAUGUGUUCCUAUUUGAUAUUUUUGGCAGAUGCCACGUUUGGUAUUUAAGUGAUAUAUUCUACAAAUUGUUCAAUAUAAAUUUUUUUAAGAGGGCAAAUACUUUUCCACAGCUCUAUGAAAAGUAGCUCUGGGUUUGGAAUUUGAUGGAAAUGAUAUGAAAGAGAAGCUUGGUGAAAGCAAAAUAAAAACCCAGAGGUAAGAAAUAUAAAUGUUCAUAGAAUCCCUUAGAAAAAUAUACUUAGUUUUAUAAAUCUAUGUUAAAGAGAAUUAGAAAUUAAAGUGUUAAGUUUUAAAAUGAUAAAUUGCAAAUUGUGUACAAAUUUUUUUAAAUUUUUUGUUUAUUUUUUAAACUACAGAUGAGAACAUCACAAUUUUCCUGGUGACAAAGAUGGACAUUAACUAAAUGUGUAAAUCUGAUUCAAAUAUUUAUCUUUCGGUUUGAUGAAGUUGGUCGGCAGACGUCUCAACUUUGGCAGAUGAUGGUUAAAUAUAUUUUUAUUGCUUUUUUAUUAUGUCACUGUGGGGUCAGAAGGGUCAUGGUUGAUGAGUUUCAAAGUUUCAUAAUGACUCCAAAGUCAUUUAAAGUUGUAGAACAAUAAAAGUUGGAGCCCAGAGGCGCCCAAUCCUGCUUUUUAAACUACCUUAUUGCAUUUCAGAGAUGUGUCCAGUCACUCCAAUCUCUUUGAGAGGGAAAUAAAAAGUUUCAUCAGUGUUUUAAUUCACUUAUCAAGAAUACCCAGCACACUCCCCAUAUCUGGCUUUGCAAUUGAAAAGGGAUAAAGAGUGAAGCAUUUCAGCAGUGGUAAUAUUACAUGGUUAACUGGCAGCUUUUUCAAUAGGCUCUCUGUGAUUUGUGCUCAGCCAUUAUGCUUUAGCCUCUCACUCCUUAAAGUGGAGGCAAAGGGGAAAAAAGCAGGCUUAAUUGAGAGGAUUUCUAGAGACUUUGCUGGGAGGUGGGGCGAGAGGGGCUCCUUCUCUUCAGCAGAAACGUAUUUACAACGGACUCCAUCCUCAUCUCAUUUGUCAUUUCAGCCAAGGAUAUUGUGUGUGUAUUUCCCUUCCCGUCCUUCGUGACACACUUUCAUUUGCUGAGCAGCAGCAAGUGUGUGCACUUCUCUUUAAAUGUCUCUAUUGCAUAAUAAAAGAGGACAACAUUUCCAUAUACCAGCA